GAACCGCUUUAAAUUCAGGCGUGGCAGUGAAGGAAGUUCCCGGGAACACUAGAACUACACGUUACAUUUGAGCUGAAGAUAGCAUCAGUCGAGGGUGAAUCAUCGUUUGGCAAAAUGGUUGAACAAUUUGUUGGAACGUGGAAGCUGACCAGCAGCGAGAACUUUGACGAUUAUAUGAAGGCCAUAGGUGUGGGGUUUGCAACGCGCCAGAUGGGGAACAUGGUCAAGCCCAACUUGCUGUUCAGCGUGGAUGACGGAGUCGUCUCCAUGAAAUCGCAGAGCACGUUCAAGACGACAGAAACCAAAUUCAAGCUGGACGAGGAGUUUGAUGAAACGACUGCUGAUGACAGACACACAAAAACCGUGAUUACCUUGGAAAAUGGAAAACUGGUGCAGAAACAGACCUGGGAUGGUAAAGAAACGACAAUUGAGCGUGACAUUCAAGAUGGAAAACUGGUCGCAAAAUGCAUAAUGAAUGACGUGGUGUCCGUGAGGACCUAUGAACGAGAGGCAUGAUUCCGGGAUCGUCGCUUUACAGUGUUUUUUUCUGUGUUCAAUUGGUUUUGUAUUAUGAACAAGUGCAGCAAGACCUUCUGCUUUCAUGAAUUAAACGUCCUUUUCUAAGUAA